AUGAGGGGCAGUUGUGAAACUGCUGCAGUGGCUGGAAGCUACCGAGUUUUCCAAGUGUCCUUCUGCUUACAGGAUGUGGAGCGCAGCCUCCGCCAGCGCCAGCGUAACCGGAGCCGUUCCGGAAGGGCUCGCGCUCCCGACGCCGCUCCCUGGGGAGGCCGUCCACUGAGCAGGGAGCCAUCUCCAAGAGCCGCCACGGGGCCAGCAGGCGCCAGCCUGCUGCACCCCAGCCCCAGGCCACCAUCAGCAGCGGGUGCUGGGAAAGGGCUGGGGCGCAGCUGCCGAGGGGCCUUCGCGGAGCCGGCGCUGGUCAGGAGCACAGGCCACAGUGGCCCCGGAGGCACCCACAGGACUCGGGCUCUGCCAGGGGGCCGGCCUCUCCGGGACACUGAGGCGUCUUCCCUGGGGCCUCCAUUCAGGACCCAGAUCCUCCAGGCUGGAACCCCCCAGCAGAGAGGUCUUCCCGGAACAGGGUCUCAGACGGAACCUCCCGUACUUUCCCAGACGCGCUGGCGGGGCCGGCUGCAGAGCCGGCUGAGCCCUCCCCGGGUCAAGCACUCUCCGCCCCAGGACUCUGCUCCGGACCAGAGCGCGAGAGGGGGAGGCUUCGGUCUCCUCCCAGCAGCGCCUUCCGGAGCUCAGACCACCAGAAGCACGUCGCCGCGGGAUUCACCAGGGAGGGAUCCGGGCCACGAUCCGAGCCAAGUCGGGACGCAGACAGGCCCGGCGCUGGAACGUGGGGCGAGGGAGCGCGGGAGAGACACGGGCGAGAGGAGAGUCGUGGAUCGGAGCCCCGUGGAGCGCCCGCGCCGCACAGGCUGCAGGACGGCCGGAGAUGCCCGCGGCUCCACGCAGCCCAGCUCCCCGGAGCCCGGCGCGCCGCCGAGAACAGCCACCUACGGCCCCGGCCGCGAGCCCGGGCGGCCCCGAGCCGAGCGAAGCCGCAGCCGGACGCCGCUCGGUGCACGAGGCUCAGCAGGACGCAGCAGGCUGCAGCGGCGGAGCCCCCCGAGGCUCGGCGCCGCGCCCGCGCCCCCGUCUGCCGUCCCUCACGAGGCGGCCGCCGCCGAAGGCCGUCGGACCAGCGUCCACGAGCCGGAGCUGCCGCGGCCCCGCAAGGAAAAACGUGAAGACGAGGCGCGCGCGGACGGCGACCCGCACUCGGCGGCUCCGGCCGCGCCUCCGCCCUCUGCUUGCUCUGCGGCCUCGGCAGGGACACAGCCCGACACGCCACACGGCCCGGCGCGCCCCGGCUGCACGCGCUGCGGCCACUCCCUCAGCAGCGGGUCCCUCACCAACCCCGGCGCGCGCGGGGACCCCCAGCGCAGCGGCGUCUUCACGUCGGAAACACCAGGCCCACGCGGGACCCCGUGCGGGUCUCGUGCAGAGAAGCGCGGCGGCCUGGACCGUGCGUCCCCGCACCGCGUCCCCGGGAUCCCCGGAGUCGAGCGCAGCUCCCGGGAGCACUUUCCUCUCCAGACGCGGCCUCGCCUUGGCGCCAACCCGAACGCGGCUUCCUCUUCCUCGCACGCGUCCCCCACGCCGACCGGGUCCUCCCGGCCCCGAACUUGGCCACGACGGCGCGGACGAAGAUUUCAUGGACUGACCCGAGAGCGAGCGGGCCGGAGCGGCGGCAGCAGCGGGAGAACCUCCCCGCGGAGGACCCCGGGACUCGGCUCAGGUCGGCGGGCGCUGACCCCUGGGGCCGCGCGCGCCCUGAAGCGGCUUCGCAGAAACGCUGCGCGGGAUCCCGUUAGAGCGAACUCCGGAACAGCUUCCCGUUUUCUCGGCGGAGACGCGCGGCCAGAGCUGCCCCGCGGCCGGAGCUGCCCCGCGGUCAGCCGGGCAGACUCGCGCGCAGAGCGGGGGCGCGCGCGGGGGGUCACCGCACCUGGGAAAGCGCAGGGGCCGCAGGGGCCCGGCGCCCUCCAGCAAUGGGGCGGUGCCGCUCACGGCAAAGGGCGAAAGGAGACCCACGGAGACCGAGUCCGAGUCCGGGCCCGGAGGGACAACGGCGACGGGAAGGCGCAACUUCGAUUCGCGUCUCACCCACGAAGUCCGGGCCCGGCCCAGAGCCGCGGCGGCCGCGCUUCCCGGACACGCGCUUCCCGGGACUCCGACCCGCCGCAGCGGCUCUUCCUGGAAACGCGCGGGCGGUUGCGCGCGCUGGGCCCUCGGGCGCCUCGCGGGGGCGGACGAAGCGCGGGGGGCAGACCGCGGAGCGCACGCCGGCCCCGCCCGGCCCCCCACAGCCCCCGGCCCCCGCGCGGCCCUGGCGGCACAACUUUUGGGCGCUCGCAGCGCUUCGUCAAUAGAGCGCCGCCGUCCGGAAAACGCAUCUCUGGCGCGACCCGCCUGGCCCGCGCGCGGCAGCUGUCAGCCGGGGGGCCCGGGGCGGGGGCGCGGGCCGGGGGUCCCAGGGGUGCCGGCCGGCCCCGGCGUGGCGGGCCUCGCGGCCAAGGCGGGCGGCCUGAGCGGAGUCAAGGCCCCACGGGAGGCCGCGCCCGCGCCCGCGCCCCCGAAGACGCCCCCGGCCGGGCGCGCGCCCCGUCGCGGCGACCUGGUCCAUACAUUUUUAAAUGUCAAGUUCAUGAAAAAUAA